AAAGGCGGAGGCGGCGGCCGCUCCGGCUCGGCUCCGGUUCCCAGUGCCUCCCCCGCCGCGCACCCCCUCCCCACCUCCCGCACCCGCCAAACUUGAUGUGACCCCAGCCCGACGCGGCGGCUGCCCCUCUCACCGCCCCGCGCGCCCCCCACCGCCACCCCGCCCCGCACUCCCGGAGCGCACCGCUCACCGCGCCCCUUCCCACCUCCUCGCCGGGGCCAGGCGCCGCGCUCGCCCUCCGCGUUCCCUUUCCCUCGCCACCCCCACCCCACCCCCCGCACCAUGAGCAACCUGAAGCCAGACGGCGAGCACAGCACCAGCACCAGCACCAGCAUGGGCACCGGCACGGGCUCGGGCUCCGGCGGCACCCUGGAGGAGGAGGUCAGGACACUAUUCGUCAGUGGCCUCCCUGUGGACAUUAAGCCCAGAGAACUCUACCUGCUCUUCAGGCCGUUCAAGAUGAGAAAACUUAAAAAGGGGUAUGAAGGGUCUCUGAUCAAGCUCACAUCCAGACAGCCUGUUGGUUUUGUGAUCUUUGACAGCCGGGCAGGAGCAGAAGCGGCCAAGAAUGCUUUGAACGGUAUUCGCUUUGAUCCCGAGAACCCGCAGACCCUGAGGCUAGAAUUUGCCAAAGCCAACACCAAGAUGGCCAAGAACAAGCUAAUGGCUACACCAAAUCCCACCAACGCUCACCCCGCCCUAGGAGCACACUUCAUCGCACGGGACCCCUAUGACCUGAUGGGGGCUGCUCUGAUCCCUGCAUCCCCAGAGGCCUGGGCCCCGUACCCUCUGUACACCACAGAGCUGACCCCAGCCAUCUCACAUGCUGCAUUCACCUACCCAGCUGCCACUGCUGCUGCCGCCGCUGCCCUCCAUGCUCAGGUGCGCUGGUACCCUUCCUCUGAUACCACCCAGCAAGGAUGGAAAUAUCGUCAAUUCUGUUAGUUCUUCAGUCUUGUCACCGCAGUUUGAAGCCCCUGCCCUGCUGGGGAGGAAGCCGCCGUGAGCUUCCACUGCCCCCAGGCGGCCUGUGGAGAGCGGCUGCUUCCCUCCAAAGACUGUGAAUUUUAAGCCUGACUCAGUGGACUGCUUCCUGUUUUCCUUUCUCUCCUCUUCCUCAUCCCUGUCCUGCCCCAAAGCCCCACUCCAAGGCCUCACAGGAGGAUUCGGGGGCCUUCUUGCUGGAACCCCCAGACCCGGCUCGGAGGCCUCACUGGGACUGAGCAAGGCCUGACCUCAGUCCAAACUUGGUUCUGUAACUCCACCUCAGAGAGACGAGGCAUUUAAUUUUGCAUGUUUUCUGGCAUGAAUUAAGACACUUAAACUGUGUAUAUGUGAGUGUACAGUUUGUUCUCACAUUGUGUCACCAUAGCAACAGGUCCUGGCCACUAAGGGUUCAUCACUCCUGGUCCCUCUCUCCACACCCCUCCCCUCCACUCACUGCUUCAGUGAAGACCGAGCCCUGCAGCCAGUCCGCCCGGCGCCCCCCACCACCCGCACACGUGUCCAGGCUGAAUAGCAACGACCACCAACCAAGAUAGUGUUUUCUUUUUCGUUUCAAAUCAGGGUCCUCCGCUUCCUCCUCCUCAGAUGGGCCAACAACUAAAAAAAUCCUUUCCCUGCCGUUCUGCUCACCUCUCCACAGUGCACCCCACCCCUGCCUUGCUCCUCAUUCUUUCCAAACUUCGAAAUCAACCAAAAAGUGAAAGUAUUUUUGUACCCUGUGUAACAAAAUAUUUAUGCAUCAUAAAGGAUUUUUCGUGUGUGUGCAAUUAAUUAUUAAAGAGACCUUGUUCGCCCUGUCAGAUAAGUUUAAUGUUUAGUUUGAGGCAUGAAGAAGAAAAGGGUUUCCAUUCUCCAGCAAUGAGCCUUUGUGUCAGGCGUUAGUUUAAGAAAAAUGAAGGAAAAAUUGUGCAAUUUUUUGUUUCAUGAGCACGUCAGUGCGUUGCCUUCCGCCGCAGCUGCGGCUGUCUUGCCGUGUUCAGACUUGGGAGACGAGGUGGCUUUUGUAAUUGCUGAUCCUGUGAGAAUGUGAAACUGGAUAAUAUAUGAAAUGCAAAAUAAAAAAUCAUCCAAAGUCA